AUGGACUUCAGCCUGGUUUGGUGUUUCUCCGCAUUUCUAGCUGCUUUUUUCCUUGUCGAAGUCAAUGCCGAAGACCGACUGAAAAGGUCGCCUUUUCUGGAUAUAUUCUGUAAACCGUGCCGGCGCUUGUUCGAACGGGCGAAAGAUGAUCUGAGUGGGAGUUCGGUGAUAUCGAAAGUGGCGUUUUUCAACGAAAUUGAUGUGAGUUUCCAUGCAUAGUGGAGAACCUGAUUCAGUGGCAAAAAAAGUUCCAUUUUGCAUCCGGGAAGCAUCAAAAAAUGUAGUAAAAACCUCCCCUCCAAGUGAAAAACUCCGAUUUCAAAAGCGCGCCCACUCUUUUUGUAAGAGGCAUUUUUUGAUGCUUCCCGAAUGCAAAAUGGUACGUUUUUUGCCACUGGAUCAGGUCCGUCACAGUAUAGGGUCUUUCAAAAACGUGAAGGAAAGUCGGGGGCUAUAACUUCCGGCACAGGCCGCGCAGAGGCUUUGUUUUUGGAAUAUGUAUUUUUAAGCGAGAUUAUUUUUUGUCUGUGAAAUAACAAGACUCCAAAGUGCAAACUGAGGAGCUUUUGAUGUAGGAACAUUUCUCCCAGUUUUUCGGUUGAAAGUCACCGGCUAGCCUUCAUUCUGACACCUUAACUAGGGGCCGGCCGACGAGCCAUGUCUACUUUAAAUUCACAAGACAAAAUGUCAACGUGGAGCCUUCCAAUUUACAAGGGAACUACCUCAAAUGCGAUGUUAGGAUUUUUUGAAAUGAAAUAAAUCUUCCGCUUUUCAGAUGCUCUGCAGAACAACCCCCAGGUUUGCAACGGUUUGUGACCGCACUUCCAAACGAUUAGAGGAUAUUUACUCAUACAUCAUGCAUAUUUCCCACGGCAUAAUCAAUUCAAAAUGUAUUUGCAAGCAUUUGGAUUUGUGUUAUAGACAAUACUACUGCAGGCUCUGAAUGGUAUCAAGAAAUUAAUUCGUUAAUUUUCGAAAAAAAAUAAUUGUUUUGGCCUGAGGUCAUGAGCCCUCUGGAACAAUAAACAUUGAAUACAAUAGUUUAAUCGUUUGAUAUUUGUAAAUAACAAAGCGUUUAUUCAACAUAAAUGUUAGCACACAUAGCAUAAACAUAAUUGUCUUCAGCAAAGCCAAAAUUUUUUAUCCCGGGUUUAUCAUGAUUCUCUGACAAUAAGAUACUUCUUCCGCAACAUGGUAGUAUUAUGGCUAUAUCUAGUUUUGGUCACUCUGCUGUCCAAUAUGUUGGGAGUGCGCCCGCUGAAGAUAUUUUGUAAACCUUGUAAACGGCUGUUUGUCAGAGCAAGAAAUGAUUUGGGUCACGGGAUGCCAAAUGACUCGUUCUUCAGCGAACUUGAUGUAAGUUGACUAAUAUUGCAUUGGUUUUUCUUCAGGCAUGGUGGAUUAGUUUGUUGUUUCUGCAAAGCGCGAUCGAUAAUUCUCGCAUAUAUUUUAGAAAAGAUUAUUCUAAAUUUGUACGAAGUCUCAUCAAAAUCUGAGAGUCACUUGGGUUACUUCCCCUGUAAGUUUAAGGGGGAAGUACCCCAAGUUUCGCUGCAACUUUCAGAUGCUCUGUAGUACAACCUCGGUCUUUCAAACCGUCUGCGAACGCGCCACGAAGCACUCUUUCGACAGGAUCUACAAUUAUGUUCAGAACGAAGGCGGUUUCAUUAAUCCGGAGGACAUUUGUCGGCACAUGAAACUUUGUUCUGGCCCAUUGUAA